GUUUUACAUGAAAUAAGUGGCUCUUCGUCAUGGUCCGCUGUUUCCUGAUCCACACCGUGUGUCCGGUCAGUGCCCUCGGUCCCGGGGAGAGUCGGGUCCUCUACUCCCGGGUUUUCGGUCCGGAUGAGGGGGUCGUGUCCGAACAGAACCGGGAGGUCAGCCCGGAGCGGAGACGAGUCCUGCAGAAGGAGAAAGUGUCUGUGGUGGUCAGGUGAGACCAAGCAGGUCCGCAGCUCCGUCUCUCUGUCCCGGGAGGCUUCAGGUCGUCCUCCGGUGGAGACGGUGCCCGGCGAGGAGGAUCUGGCCCUGCAGGAGGCCGACAGCGGAGUGGUACGUCUGCGAGCUGGAGACCCGUUCCACGAGGAGAUGAGCGCUCUGUGGUUGGGGGUUCAGAGUCUGGGCUUCACUCUGGUCUGCGAGCCCCACGAGAACCUGCUGCUGGCUGAGGGGACCCUGAGGACCCUGACCAGACACUGCCUGGAGCACCUGCACAUGCUGGGCCAGGGCAGCGAGGUUCUUCUCCGGAGCAACCGUGUGGACGCUCUGCUCAGCCGCCUCCUUCCUCACGGUCAGCUCCUCUUCCUCAACCACCGCUUCGCCCAGAGUCUGGAGAAAGAAGUCGUGGCCUAUGUGGCAAAGUGAACCUGACUGUGUGACCUCGCCGCGACCCCCGACUCCCACCUGGAGGUCCAUUACUGCUCGCCCUGUACUUUACCCUUUGGUGACAUUAUUAUUUUUUUUUGAAGAAGAAUGGCUCGCUGGCAGCUGCUGCUUCAGAUUGCACGAGGUGGUGAGCGGUGAAAUAUCUCCCUCAGCCACUCGCAGCUCACUCUGCCUGUUCACCGCGUGGGAGGCUUUAGUUCAAAUCCUGUUUGUCAAAUUGAAGAGUGGAAAGCAGAAGGUGGCAGAUUAGAGCGGGGCCGGUUAGAAAACCUCCUCGCCAGCGUCAAAGACGGGCCAUUUAUCUGAUUCCCCCCCCCCCCGUACUGGAAAUGUCACAGCGCGACCUUCAGGGACCCGGACUUGACCUUCUCUUUUUGUGUUUUUUUGUUGUUGAGAUUUCAGCGAGUGUAAAUGAAUCCUAAAGUGCUUUACCGCCUCGACGUGACUUUUGAUGCACCUUUUUGGGUUUCUGAGGGGGGGGGGGGGGGAGGAGUAGGAGGACAUCUUGAUUUGAGGCUUUUGUGCAGGAACGCGGUAUGAAUCAUCUCAUGGCAAACAAACAAGACAAAAUGGAGCAAAAACAAAGAUGAGAGUCAGAGCUGCUUAAUGUCACUUUGAACCAAAAAUGUCAAGAAAAAUGUGGACAAAAAGCAGAAGUGACAUGAGACGUUAUGAAACAACAAUGACGGAUGAGCAGAGACGUUUGGCGUGCAGAACACAGAAAAUCAGGAAAUGAAGACGUGAUGCAUCAAACAUAAAUACAGAUAAAUGUAUUCCUGAAGCCUCCGACUGUGAAGCCUCACUCUACCCGCUCCUCCUCACGGCCUCAUAAAAACCGUUUAAACCCCAGUUUGUGUUCAGGCAACCAAAACCAGAGCGGUGAUUUUUUUAGGUGGAGAAGAGGGAGGGGGGUGGGGAGGGGGGCUGGAGAGAUCUGUCUACAUGCCAACAUCAAUCCCUUUGAUCUUCUCUUCUCUGCAUCAGAAAAAUAAAAAAUGUUUUUUCCCAGCGUUACCCAAGGCGUACUCUUUGAAACUUGUGCAAUCAAGGACACGCGGCUGCGUUUUUCCCAAAACGAGGGAAUCGGAGAGAGCACAUUAAAAAAAUGAUAAAACGCACAGGAGGAGGAUUCAGAGGUUGUGUUCAUCUCAAGGGGGGAGGGGAGGGGGGGGGGGGGGAUAAUAACAGAUGAAACACAUUCAUACCUAAUAAUAUAACACAAUGAGUCUGGCAAUCUAGUGAGAUUCACCGUAACACCAGCAGAGGGCGCUGUGGGUUCCUGCUCUGACUUUCAGAGUGCACAGAAGGACAACAGAGAAAAAACUAUUUACUCAGUUGUUGUGGAGGAUUUCAAUAAAAUAUGCAGCUCGUGAAAA